AUGAGCGGCCGGGAUGCUCUUUCCGACGGGCGCACCAGGAGCAGGGCGGCGCGGGCGCUCGGGGGGUCGUCCGGCGCCUCGCGCCCCCGGGGCUUCGCCAUCACAGAUCUGCUGGGCUUGGAGACCGAGCUGCCCGCGCCGGGCUCGGGCUGCGAGGGCGCACCGGCGGCUCCGGGUCCCGGCCCGGGCUUCAGCCGCUCCUGCCUGGCUCCCGGGGCGCUCCCGCUGGGGUUGGGCCUCCUCUGCGGCCUCGGCGCCAAGCCCCCAGCCGCCUCCGCCCGGGCGCCCUACCUGCUCCUCACCGACGUGCCUUUCCUGCCGCCGGCGGAGCCGGAACCCGCUGCCCCGCAGCCCCCCGGGGGCCCUCCGGCCGUCUGCCAGAAACGCGGAGAGAGCGUCUCGACGUCCGAUGAUGACAGUCCCUCAGAAGAUGGGGGUAACCGGAAGGCCUCCCCCUCCCUGGGCAAGAGGAAGAAGCGAAGGCACAGGACCGUUUUUACUGCCCAUCAGCUGGAAGAGCUGGAGAAGGCAUUCAGCGAGGCCCACUACCCUGAUGUGUACGCCAGAGAAAUGCUAGCUGUGAAAACUGAGCUCCCAGAAGAUCGCAUACAGGUCUGGUUUCAGAACCGCAGGGCCAAGUGGCGCAAGCGGGAGAAGCGUUGGGGCGGCAGCAGCGUGAUGGCAGAGUACGGGCUGUACGGGGCCAUGGUGCGACACUGCAUCCCACUGCCGGACUCGGUGCUGAACUCGGCCGACGGGGGCCUGCGUGGGGCCUGUGUGCCGUGGCUGCUGGGAAUGCAUAAAAAAUCCACAGAGACAGUAAGGAAACCAGGAAGUGACGACAGGCUGACGGGACUGUGGGAUCCGGACCACCUGCAAGAAGCCUCGAGCCGGAGGCCUGCAGGAAUGGAGAGAGGCUCGUGCCAGGAGAGCCCCGAGCACGGCUUGGAAGACAGAGCCAUGGAUCUCUCCAGCUCUGCCCGGCAGGAAAGCAGGAAGGUGCCGCCUGGAGCAGGUGCCCAAGGAUGCUCUGACAUCAUGGAGCUGGACAGGCCCCAGCUGGGGAAGCCAGGAGCCUCCUGA